AUGUUGGUUGAUAUCUUCGAGAUGGAUCGUUAUCGAAAGGACUACAUACCGAAUGGUGUUUUCAACACUAUUGGUUCGGACAAGAGCGGUUCACUGGGACCAACAGCGUUGUGCGAAGAGACACGGAACACAUACUCAAUACCCGGUUUAAGCUCUGGUCGAGAUGGCUUCCCGGGUAACGCUGAGGAAACGGAAUCAGAUGUGGGCAGUCAGGGGAAUGUACACAAAAGGAUCAUAGCAACUGGCUGGAACGGGAAGGCUGAAAACGCACUUGGUCUGUACGGAGCUUUGAUCGGUGUUCGGGUUUCGACGGGUUCACUCUUGCCGACAGCAUUCACCGCAACCACGCGGAACAGAUACUCUGUCCCACUGGCUAAUGAGUUUGCGGUCUCUUUGUCACUCGAAGAUUGGUUUCCCUGGCAGGAUGAAAUCUCUGUCAGAAAGUAUAGGAUCACCACACCACCAUCAAUCAAUGGAAUCACUUUGAAAAACGAAUUUAGUUACGACAAGUGUGGGAAACAUACCAUGUGGACAUUUCAUGAAAAUGCCUUCGAGCGUUUCUGUUCGUACGCCAGUAUCGAUCGCAUUCACGGCACUCACUCCGAAAGAUCCUGUCGUGCUACCUGUGUGAUCGCACAGGCAAUCAGAAUAACGGAAUUGGGACCGGAAGGGAUGAUCGCAACCUACGCCGACAAUCCACUUGCCGUUUUCUGGCCUGUGGACUUUGACGCUGUGCUGCGCAGAAUCGGCUGGGUUUCCACAAAGUCCGACUGUCCCACCUCGGUCUUGCAGGCUACAGAAAAUAUGUACGAUUUGCCAACAGUCAAUCCUUUGGUAACCGGCAUCGCCAUGUCCGGUGUAGUGCCAACUGAUUUAGUUGAACGUGUCGACGCUUCACGGAAUUCAACCACGUAUUCCACUACACCUUCAGCUCCGCCAAGCUGUUCCGGAGCCUCCCACUCACCAGCGUCUUCCCGUUUCACCUUGCCCAGUGGUAGCGACGUCAUUCCGGAGACCACAUCUGGUUUGAAUCGAGGAGCUUGUGGUGCACCUGGUUCGGCAUCAGGACGCACUCUCGGCUUCCAUGUCCAUUGGACUGUUGGUUUUGGACUGGCGGCGAACGGUACCUCGAUGACGGUGGAUGCUCCAGCUUUGAGGAUGAUUUUAUCGGUGAACUUCUCGGAAAGUUUCAAAUCACCAGCGUCUUCCCGUUUCACCUUGCCCAGUGGUAGCGACGUCAUUCCGGAGACCACAUCUGGUUUGAAUCGAGAAGCUUGUGGUGCACCUGGUUCGGCAUCAGGACGCAGUCUCGGCUUCCAUGUCCAUUGGACUGUUGGUUUUGGACUGGCGGCGAACGGUACCUCGAUGACGUCACCAGCGUCUUCCCGUUUCACCUUGCCCAGUGGUAGCGACGUCAUUCCGGAGACCACAUCUGGUUUGAAUCGAGGAGCUUGUGGUGCACCUGGUUCGGCAUCAGGACGCACUCUCGGCUUCCAUGUCCAUUGGACUGUUGGUUUUGGACUGGCGGCGAACGGUACCUCGAUGACGGUGGAUGCUCCAGCUUUGAGGAUGAUUUUAUCGGUGAACUUCUCGGAAAGUUUCAGUGUUGGUGCCACUAAUAUCAGAAAGGAUAAUGGAUAUUGGACUGUUUUGGACUCGCUACGAAGGAAAUUCGCAGCCGCCUCCCAGAAUCAGAAAUUGUACAGUCAACGUUCCAUUAGAUUUUCUGGAGAAUAUCAAGAGAAAUUCGCAGCCGCCUCCCAGAAUCAGAAAUUGUACAGUCAACGUUCCAUUAGAUUUUCUGGAGAAUAUCAAGAGUCACCAGCGUCUUCCCGUUUCACCUUGCCCAGUGGUAGCGACGUCAUUCCGGAGACCACAUCUGGUUUGAAUCGAGGAGCUUGUGGUGCACCUGGUUCGGCAUCAGGACGCACUCUCGGCUUCCAUGUCCAUUGGACUGUUGGUUUUGGACUGGCGGCGAACGGUACCUCGAUGACGGUGGAUGCUCCAGCUUUGAGGACGAUUUUAUCGUCACCAGCGUCUUCCCGUUUCACCUUGCCCAGUGGUAGCGACGUCAUUCCGGAGACCACAUCUGGUUUGAAUCGAGGAGCUUGUGGUGCACCUGGUUCGGCAUCAGGACGCAGUCUCGGCUUCCAUGUCCAUUGGACUGUUGGUUUUGGACUGGCGGCGAACGGUACCUCGAUGACGGUGGAUGCUCCAGCUUUGAGGAUGAUUUUAUCGGUGAACUUCUCGGAAAGUUUGAGAACUGGUGCAACUGGAGUUCAAUAUAAUAGCAAUGAGGGAAUAGUUUAG